UGUUUUUGUGGAAAUAUUCCCCUUCUCAUAUCACCCAACAUUACCAAAUUUAAUUUCAGUUUUGGGCUGAGACAUUUGGCGCCUAAAUUCGAAUAAACUAACCAAAAAAACAUCUAUAACGGUAAUUUUUUCCUCGUUUAACAUACCAUCUUAUGUCCUAUUCAUUCCAACACUCCAACGUGUCCAUUCCAACCAGUCCAAAUCACUCUACUAGGCAUUUAAAAAUGUUUGAUUUCAAUCACUCAACAGCAAAGAGCAUAAAAAGUAGAAGAUGGACCAGCAAGGAAAAGCAGAUAUACUUGGUGGUUUUAAUUUUUGUCAUAUUCAACUUCCUGCUCCUAAUUCAUCAUCAAAAUCUGUUCACCUUUUUGUGACAAUUUUUGCUUUCUGGGUUUUUGCAGAUUUUUCAGUUCCUACUUCAUGGAGUGGCUCACUGCUGAUGAAUAUGGAUGAACACAGUUUGAGAAGACAAGCCCAAAAUUAUAAAGGAAGUGUAAUUAAUGGUAAUGGUAUGACUUUAGAAGAGUUGCAAAUCCGCCAUGAGCUUGAGAUUGACAUAGAGAGAGACUUGGAAGAAGAGAUUAAGGAUAGAAUUUACCAUCUUGCCCUGAGGCUGCACAGGCUUUACCAGCACAAAAUGGAAAGGAACGCAAAAGAUCAUGAAUCAGAACACAGAGCCAAAUUUGCAAAAGAAGAAAAGAAGAAGAUGGUGUCUGAGAUAAAUAUUAACAUAAAAAUGGAAGGAGGAACCAAAGUUGAAAUAAAAGAGAGCAAGAAAGAAGCGUCGGAAAAAAGCCGGCCUCGGAGUUUUAAACCGGAGAAUAUGCAGAGCAGCAAUAAGAAGUUUGAUUGGGUGAAUACUCUCAGGUCAAGUAGUAGUACUAGUACUAGUACUAGUGCUGGUCAAGUUCGAAAUCCUAACCAUGUGUCUAAGCAGCAAAGAGGAAAUGCCACCACUGACAAGGACUUGAAUGAAAUGGGUUGGAAGUAUUGAGAGGAUACCAUCUAUUUUGUAUAUUUUUAAUGUGUGUUUUGUGUUUUUGAUGAAGAUAAUUAUGAACAAUGCUAAUUAAUAAUGUGGAUAAGUGCUAAUUUAUAUGUGGUGAUGAAUGGUGUGUGUGUGUGGUCUAAAUAUGUGUGAUGGAUUUUAUAUCACAUAUAUUCUGUAUUAAUUUAUUCUAUUUAAAUGUAGAAUUCAUGAAUAUC